AUGGCCACGACUUUGGUUUACGGCCUUGGAGCCUUCGGCCUCCUAUGCUUGUACUUUGUGCAGUCAAUCGUGUACAAUCUUUUCUUCCACCCAUUCCGAAAGUUCCCUGGCCCUCGCCUAGCGCGAAUCUCUAGGAUCUGCACUCGUCAUGCAAACUUUCAAGGCCUCAGGUACAUGAAAAUCCACCAAGCCCACGAAAAGUACGGCUCUGUGGUCAGAAUCGGUCCAAAUGAGCUAUCCUUUGCCAACCCAUCAGCAAUCCGAGACAUUUAUAUGACGAGCAAUUUUCAAAAAGAAGAAGCUUUCUACUUCUCUAAGAGAGGGUAUGAAGAAGAGCACCUCUUCAGCUUCCGAAACCCGGAAGCGCACAAUCAGCGACGGAAGCUCUUAUUGCGCGGGUACUCCAUGCAGAGUGCGCUGGGUGUUGAGCAGGAAAUUGCCACUAAGGUACAAACGUUGCUCGACACAUUUGCUAAAGAAGCGACCAAUACGAAGGCAGUCGACAUAUACUCCUGGGUGCAUCUGUUGUCGUUUGAUAUAGUUUAUCGUCUCCUGUUUGGAGAAGAUCCCAAGUCCUUAGAAUCAGGAGGAGAGCAUAGAGUGCUGUCCUACUUUCGGGCGUGGAGACCCAUCUUCAUCUACAAAGAGUUUUGGCCACAACUAGAGAAGUUUGGCAUAUACCUGCCAGGAGGUCUCGGGAAUAACUUCCGUAAAGUCAAGGCAUGGAAGGAGUACUCAGUCGACCUUAUCCAGAAAUCCCGCCAGAAUGCCGUCGUUACAUCGUUUUUCCACUCCGUUCUCUAUGGAGAAAAGGAUGGCUACCUCGGCCGACCUCUCACCGACUCGGAGGUUGCAGAGGAAUGCAUGAGCGGCAUGUUCGGAGGCACUGGAACAACAGCUAAUACCUUCCUUUUCCUCCUGUGGGCUACGCUUAACCAAGAGGAAGUGGUCAGCAAACUGAAGUCUGAGUUGAAGUCUGCUUUUCCAACCCCUAAGUCUGUGCCAGACUACCAGACCUGUUCUCGAUUACCCUAUCUCCAAGCCGUCAUAAACGAAACCUUACGCGUGUAUCCAACCAUCGUUGCCAUGAUUCCAAGAAUAGCGAUGCGCGACAGUGUUGUUGCUGGAGUUCCGAUUCCUAAAGGAACAGUCGUAGGGAUACAGAAUUAUACGGUGCACCGAUGGGAAUCUGCGUUUCCCAACCCGGAACACUUUAACCCGGACCGUUGGCUCGAUGACAAGCAUGCGGACCAAAGAAAGGAGGCAUUUGUGCCAUUCUCAGUUGGUGCUCGGAGAUGCAUUGGAAUGAAGUCAGCUCUGGAUUAUGCUUGA